CAUACUGUGGGCUUGGCGUCGCGGCCGAGGGACGUACGCUGUGUGGCAUCGUGAGCCCCGCCGCCGGGAGCUGAGAGGAGCCUCGGGCGACUCUGGAAGCCGCGCCAUGGAUCUGGUAAGCUUUGAGGACGUGGCUGUGCACUUCACCCAGGAAGAGUGGGCUUUGCUGGAUCCUUCCCAGAGGAGUCUGUACAGAGAUGUGAUGCUGGAGACCUGCAGGAACCUCGCUGCCGUAGGGUAUAUAUGGGAAGAACAGAAUAUUGAAGACUGCAAAAAUUUUGGAAGAUAUGAAAGGCACAUCAUGUCUCACUCGGAGUAUACUCCAUAUGAGCAUGAGGACCAUGCAAGCAAGCCCUAUGAUUCCAGUUCUCUCACAAAUAUCCAAAGAUAUGUGGGUGCUCACACUGUGAAUGGACCUUGUGAAUGUGAGGUAUGUUUAAAAUCCCUUGGUUUUACAAGUACAUUUGGAAUGUAUCACCAAACUCAGAGUGGAGAAAACUUCUGUGACUACAAGGAAUGUGGAAAGCCUUCAGUUUAUCCUAGCUCACUUUACACACACGGAGGAACUCACAUUGUAAAGAAGUGCUAUGAGUGUAACCAGUGUGGGAAAGCUCUGAGUUCUUCCAGUUCCCUUCAAAGGCAUGAGAGAAUUCACACAGGAGAAAGACCCUAUAAAUGUAACCAGUGUGGGAAAGCUCUGAGUUCUUCCACUUCACUUCAAAGGCAUGAGAGAAUUCACACAGGAGAAAGACCCUAUAAAUGUAACCAGUGUGGGAAAGCCUUUAGAUGUCACAGUGCCCUUCAAUUACACGAAAGAAUCCAUACUGGUGAGAAGCCCUAUGAGUGCCAGCAGUGUGGGAAAGCCUUUACAUGUCACAGUUAUCUUCGAUUACAUGAAAGGACUCAUACUGGAGAGAAACCCUAUGAGUGUAAGCAGUGUGGGAAAGCCUUCAGAUGUCAAACUUCCUAUCAUAGACAUAAAAUUAUUCAUGGUGGAGAAACAUUCUAUGAAUGUAAACAAUGUAGUAGGCUCUUCAUUUACCCCUCUUUACUUCAGAUGCACGAAAGAACCCACACUAGUGAAAGACCAUAUAAAUGUAAAGACUGUGGUAAGUCGUUCCUCUACCCUUCUUUACUUCAAAUGCAUGAAAGAACCCAUACUGGUGAAAAGCCCUAUGAAUGUAAACAAUGUGGUACAGCCUUUAGACAUCACUCUUCCCUUCGACUGCACGAAAGAACUCACACGGGAGAAAAGCCCUAUGAAUGUCCACAGUGUGGGAAAGCCUUUACUCGUCAUACUUCCCUUCGAUUACAUGAAAUAACUCACACCGGAGAGAAACCUUAUAAAUGUAAAGAAUGUGGAAAAGCCUUUAGACAUCACUCUUCCCUUCGGUUGCACGGAAGAAUUCAUAGUGGAGAGAAACCCUAUGAAUGUAAACAAUGUGAUAAAGCCUUUAUACGGUACAGUUACCUUCGAUUACAUGAAAGAACACACACAGGAGAAAAACCUUAUGAAUGCAAGCAAUGUGGGAAAGCCUUCAGCCGCCACAGUUCCUUUCAGAGACAUAAAUCUAUUCAUGCUGUGGAAAACCCCUAUGAAUGUCAGCAGUAUCUAAUUCCUUUAUCACUGUUUCCUCCAAAUACAUCAGAUAACUCAUAUUGGUGAAAAACACUAUGAUGUGAACAGUGUGUUAAAAUGUUUAUCCUUAUCCACUUAAAACACAUGUAAGAACUGAAGAUGUCACAUGAUAAGCCUUAUCCACAUAAAUGAUAUGGUUUAGACUUUAAAUGCACUAAGGAAUUCAUGCUAGGUAUAGUUUCUACAAAUGUGCAGUAUGUGGUAAGUCCUUUCACAGAAACAAAUUAAUUCAUGCUGGGGAAAUGCCUUAUGAAUGGAAACGAUAUGGUCAGUCUUUUAUCCUUGUUUGCUUCAACCACGUGAAAGAAGUUAAAAUGCCGUGAGUGUUGGCAGUGAGCUGGAGCCUUCAGGAGAUGCAGGUCCCUUUGUUAACAUGAAAGACUCUUACUGGAGGGAAAGAAACCGCAUGAUGUUUAGAUGUCAUUGCUCCCAUAGAUUCUGUGAAUGGACUACUGGAAACAAUUCUGUGAGUGAGAGCAAACCUGUGACACCUUUAAGCUCACAGUUCCUUUCAAAGGUGUAUAAUGAUUGAUGGUGGGACAAAGCCUUAUACAUGUAAAAAGUAUGGUAAGUUUCUGGUUGCUUGGAGAGGGACAGGCAUUUUUUGUUGGUAGUGUAGCUACCUGUAAGUUGCCUGUGUUCAAUAAGCCCAAUUAAAUUCAGUGGUUCCCCAGGCUGCACUUGGAUGGAAUCAUUGCCUUGUUUCUAUCCUCGGUGCCCUUGCUUGUUCAACAUGUGUCCAGAAAAUGUUCACAUAAUACUUCGUACCCAAAUGUGGUGCUCAGUGGAACCAAAGAUGAGUUUGAGAGGAGCACUUGUCUUUCUCUGCUAUGGGUGAUGAGACAUGGCCCUGAACAGGGCGGAUCAUCUGCAGUUGAUUAUGAAGCGGCUAUCUUUUCAAUAUGCUGUGGAACAGUGUGCCGCCUUAUUGCAGUACCAAUUGCAUUGUUUGUACGGCGUGACUCCUGUAGUAUGGAGCGCUCCACUUCUGUGACAGAUGAGCUUUGCCACAUGGAACCCCCCCACCACAGCUGUCAAGUUCAAGAGUGUAUUACAGUUCCUGCAAGUAGCACAGACGGAACCAAAUUAAGUAGGCAUCAGGUGCACGGCCCUUGCAUUGGGUAAGAAGACAUGCAAAUAAGCCUUAGCUGUCUACUAGCAUGAACUUGCCCUUUGAUGGAGGGAUUGCUUUGAGAAAGAGAUAUGCAGAUGCUGUCCAUUGUAUUGUCCUUCAGAUUGGCAGGAAAACUAAGGAAGGAGGGUAGGAGGGAGGAUGGGAAUAAAUGAGCUGCAGCUGCCAGCUUCCAGCUUUUUACAUCUGGAGAUGGCAUAAGGGGAACAAAUGAAAAGUUCUGUCUGCUGAGUGGUCCCUUUGGGAUCCGAAAGUGUGAAGCCUGUAUAAAGUUUUGACCAGUGAGGGAGAGAAGUAGAAGUGAUAAUGUUCCCCUUCGGCCUGACCUUUUUUACUACAGAAAAAGUAGGAGCGCAGUGGCCCAGCUUCUGUAUGGAGGACUAAACAGUGGCCCAGUAAAAGGAGUUGUGAUAAUCAGUAAAUAUUCUUUUUUUGGAAUAAUGAAGAAAGAUUUGAUAAAGCACUGCCGCUGAAAAGUCCAAGCUUUCCCUGGAGUUGUUUCUGCAGAAUAAGUUGUAUACUGUCCUGCAAAAAAGGAUGCUUGUGUAUAACUUGUUUGCUCAGCUCAGGGACCUCUCAGCAGCUAGGGGCAUCCCCUGAAGAGGCAGCAGUGUGCUACAACGUGGGCCUAGAGGCUGUCAGACCCAGGGAGUCCACGGGAAUACAGCAAAUGAGCGUGUCUGGGCUUCCCCUUGGCUCCUACACCAGUUAGAGAAUAAGAACCAGCUCUUUCCCCACCAAGGCUGCAUGCAGGAUGAGGGUGCAGACGGCUCAUGAAGAACAGUGGUUCAGGGUAGGGUGCAACCUCCCAAUGCAACACUGCAUCCAGUACUGAUUUUGAUUUAUUUAUUUAUUUUUUUUCUUGAGGCAAGUUUUUAGGUAGCCCAGACUGGCCUCAAAUUGACUAUAUAGUUGGGGAUAAUCUUGGAAGUCCCGAUCCUCCUGCCUCCUCUUUCUAAAUACUGGGGUUGCAUGCAUGAGUCACCCCAUCUGGUUUCCUGUGCUUUGAAACAGUCCCAGGCUUCAUGCAUGCACUCUCCACUGUGCUAUGUCCUCAGGUCAACACUGAGGAAACAUGUGGUACAGAAUCUUCAUUGAUCUUUUUAACAUUUGUUUAUUGCCCUCUUAACUCCUCAUGACUCCCCAGUCCAGCUGGCACUUGUUUGAUCCUCCAGUGAUCCCGAGACCCCUAUGUAAAAUAGGUUUCUUUCAUUCACGGCUGACAUAACGCUAGCCUGCGAAUGUUCCACAGAUUUAGAAAAGCAUCUGUGUGAGCUAAAAGAAUGACGAUCAGAAGUGGGCAGUACACAUACAUGUGCGCAGGGCAGGCACAUGGGAAAUUCUUGUGAUGCUAUGUUUGGGUAAGACACAUGUGAUACAAAAUAAGGAGAGUGAGGGAAAUCUUUCGUAGCCAAUGGCUGACGUUAAGCAUUACAAGAACAGUUGAGGAGCUUCAAUGAAGGUACCCUGUGUGCGUGGGCAGAGAUUUUCAGAGCAUAGACUCCUCAGUGACGAUGCAGUGUGGGGUGGGCUACUUCUCCAAGAGAUGCCCCAGAAGUCCCUAGACAGUACUGGCUAUUGCCAAUGCUAUUAGUUGUCCCUAGAACUAGAGUUAAUACUGUUCCUGAAGACACCACAUGCUUUGGUUGCUGAAUGUGGAGAAAACAAGCUGAAGCUGAGUGGAAGCAUCCUUCUUGCUGGCCAGCCUUUAGAGGACCUGGAGGUGCAGGCCACAAUGAAACACUUUCAGCUCCAAACCCUAUAUGUUACUAAAAUGGCAAGCAAGCUGUGCCUACUAGGGCUGGUGAGAUGGCCUAGCUGGUGAAGGUGCUUGCUGUCAAGACUGGCAACUUGAGUUAGAUCUCAGAACCCAUGUGAUGGAAAGAGAACUAAAUCCUGCAAGUUGUCUUCUGACUUCCUCAUUCAUGCUGUGGUAUGUAUCUUCCUUGUACAAUAUAGAAAUAAAUGUCAUAGGCUCUACGACUAUAGUGGCAUGACUUAAUGAGAGUGGCCAAAUGCUGCAAGGGUCAAUUCACAUCUCUAAGACCCAUCCACAGGCUACGGCUAGAGAGUCAUAGGCCCUGGUGGUAAAGCUAUUGGUGUUUGCCUCAACGGGUAUAUUUCUGUGAAAUGACUGUAUCGGGUUCUGUGUUUAAUGCUUGUAGACUAUUGCUCCAGUCAGUUUUUGGAAAGAGAAGCUCCUUUUUGCUGUAGGCAAUAGUUACUGAUGAGAUUUAUCACCCUUUUCUAGGCUUGGCACAUUCUGAAAAAGGGGAUACCAGAGGAAGGGAUGGCAUGUUUUGGAAUGCUGUCCUUUGAGCAUGCCAUUGUCCUUCUUGAAAUUUCAGUACCUUUGAUAACCUGCGGGAGGUCCACACAAGAUUGCCUUUCGUAUCCAUGUGGCAGGAUGGGCAUGGGAGCCCUGGCACCUUCCCUGACGAUACAGGCAGUUAAUAUUCACUACAGGGAGGGAUCCGGAGACCUUUGUGUCUCCCUGAAUAUAUAUACAUAUAUAUAUAAAGAUUUAUUUAUUUAUUAUGUACACAGUGUUCUGCCUCCAUGUAUGCCCACAUGCCAGAAGAGGGCACCAGAUAUUGUUACAGAUGGUUGUGAGC